AUGUCGGACAUUGCGAAAGGCGUUGGUGAUCUGUUCGCCUCGAUUGUGGAGAUCGUCAAGGAAAUAUUCAUAACCAUCAUCCACGUCUUUGAGGGAGCGUUCAACGCGGUCGUUGGCAUUUUCAAGGGCGUGUUCAAUAUGACAGAAGGUGUUCUUGGGUUUAUCAUCGGCAACUUCUUCCUCCUUGGAACAGUGGCUGCUGUCUACUUUGGAUAUAUCCUUUACCAGCAACGACAGGGUAGAAAUCCAGCUCCACUAUCAGCAGCCGCGACGAAGAAGACUCGAUAA